CUAAUGAAGUCAAUAAAAGUCGUUUGUUUUGGACUUUGAGAAAGAGAAAGUGAAACUACAGAAAAAAAGUUAAAAAGCGAAUAACUUCCUCAACAAAGAAAUAUUUCCUGAUGUGACCAUGCAGUUCCUAAUCAUUUAUCUUGCUUUCUUUGUUUUCAUCUGCAGCAGUGACGGAGGCGUCGUGAAGAAAGGUUACUUUUGGCAAGUGACAGACUUCCAUUAUGAUGCUAACUAUAGUAAAAAUGGAGAUCCAAAUAAAAUGUGUCAUUCUGAUGGAGGUCAAAGUCAUAGCAACAGUAUCUAUGGAAACUAUCUCUGUGAUUCACCAAUGAAACUCAUUAUUUCAGCUAUAAAUGCAAUGCAGAGUAUUCAUCCGAAUCCAGACUUUAUUUUUUGGACAGGUGACAGUGUUCCCCAUGUCAAUGACACUGACCUUGACCAGACUAAAAUAUACUACAACAUUGGUAAUGUGACUGAACAGCUGAUGAAGGUAUUUCCAAACACAUCUAUAUACCCAGUAUUAGGGAACCAUGAUGAGUACCCAAAAGAUGCCUUCCCACCUGGUGCUACAUCUUACUACUCAGAUGUUCUGUCUGUAAGUCAGUGGUCCAAACUUCUUGGAGAGAAUGAGGCAACAGUAUUUAAAACAGGUGGAUACUAUAGCAGUUUGUUAAAUCCAAACUUAUUAGUCCUAGGACUAAACACCAACUUGUACUAUGGCUUUAAUCCUCUGACUCAAAAUAGUUCUGAUCCUUCUGGUCAAUUAAAAUGGUUAGAGAAACAGUUAAAGCAAGCUCAGACCAGUCAAAAAAAGGUGAUCAUAAUAUCUCACAUUCCACCAGGUUUGUUUGAGUUGUCAUCAGGAUUAAUGUGGUUUAGUAAUAAUUUCAAUGAGAAAUAUGUCCACUUAGUAACCCAGUACAGUGGGAUUAUAGCAGCACAGAUUUAUGGACAUGAACAUACAGAUAGCUUCAGGAUUCUUAAAGACAGAAUUGGAAAUCCUUCAGGGAUGCUGUUUCUAAGUCCAGCAGUAACUCCAUGGAAGAGUACUCUACCAGGUGUGGGUUCCAACAACCCAUCAAUAAGACUUUAUGAAUAUAACAGAGACACUGGAGAAAUACUAGACUACCACCAGUAUUUCCUAAACUUGUCUGCAGUCAUUACUACCAAUAAAGAUAAAUGGGAAAAGGAAUAUGAUGCCAAGAGUGAUUAUAGAUUAAAAAGUUUAAACCCAGUGGAUUUCAUGCAGGCCGCUCAAUCAUUCAGGAAUAAUCCACAACUUUUCAAGAAGUACAUUCAGUAUAAUUCUGUCAGCCAAGACCUGAAUCCUGACUGUAAUGACACAUGCAAGAGAGUCCAUGUUUGUUCUAUAACAGAACUUAGGAUGAGUGACUUCAUUGAUUGUUUAAAUAAACCAAACCCAACGUUGAAUCCAGAACCACAUUCCCAUCCCCAUACUACCCCACGACCUAAAGCACAUGUGCCCCGUUAUAUGGUUAUUGUUAUUUGCACACUUGCAGGGACUGUUUUUGUAUUGGCUGUUAUUGUUGCCAUUAUCUGUAUUAAGAAACAUACCGUUUUUAUUCCUCAUCAAUAUUCAAGAUUUUCAUCACCAGUUGGUAAAGGUCCAAUAAAUUAAAGGAAAAAAACCCAACGGUUUUAUACUUUUUAAAGAAUAAUUUUAAGGUUGUGAAUUUAUGAUUAACCUCAUACAUGUGUUUAUUUUUGGGCAUAUUAUAAAAUACUGCCAAAAAAAACCUCAAAUGGUGCUCAAUUAUUAUUUUAUUUUGUAAUGUUAAAGAUGUGAUUGUAUACUAUAAUGCGAAGAACUUAUAAAGCAUGUUUGAUUACCGGGUAGACCUAAGAAAGUUCAUUCAGGUAAUUAUAUUGUAAAUUCAGAAAUUGGGCUUAAAUACUGUACAUUGUAUAGCAGUUGUUAAACAACAUACACAAAUGGAAUUAAAUUAUGGGGAUUUCAGGAAAUGCUACUAUGUAACAAUAAUGUUAUAAAAACUUAAAAUGCCAGUUUGUAUUUUUGGGAAAUCUCUCCCAUAUGUUGUGUUCAUAAUAAUUUAAAUGAUAAGAUAUUAUACUAGAUUCAUUCAACAACAACAAAAACAGAAUUGCCUGUAGAAUUCCUUUUGUUAAAGUAUGAAGGUUUAACAAAUCUUUGAAUACCAAUAUCCUUGAUAUGUUUGUAGUGUCCAGUAAACUGGUGAUAUGGUAAGUCACAUUAUUCUUGAACAGGCAGCAAAUUACUAAAUAAUAUAUAUUUGUAUUUGCAUGUCAUGAAAAAACUUAUUCAUUGUAAAAGAAAUGUGGCCAUCUAAGAAUGCAGUGUUAAUCAUAUUUUAAAAAUAGAUUUAAGAUUAAGAAGCCUUGCAUAUAAUGAUAAAAAGUCAUGUUUUAAGUGCAGAGAAGUGUCUGGAAAUGCCCAGAUUUUUAUCAGUAUAACAUUUUUUUCAUUUUCUUCACAAUUUUUCUCUAACCUUUAACAUUAUAUCAUGCACUAUGCAAAUGAAGUAGUGCAAAUGAAGCACUACUUCAUAAAUUGUGAUUGUCACUUGCUUUAAUUUUGUAUAAUGUUUUUAAAAACACGGCACUCAAUUUUUAUAUUUGCAGGUCUUUGAAAAAAAUAUAUGUUAUUUUAAUACAUUUUUAUUCUAGUAAAAUUUUAAUCACAAAACUUAGGCUGGAAUUAUCUAGUAAGAUAAAAACGGUAACAUAUCAUUCCAUGUGAAAUCAAUUACACCUCAUUAAUUUUAACUUUACAUUAUGUAGAUUCUUGAUUUCAAAAUAGAUAGCUUUUAAAAUAUUUAUCAAACAAUUAUUAUUAUACAUGUAUAUCAUGGGAUGAUAAUUUAUUGUAACAUAUGUCUAUCAAUUAUUCAAUGAUUUACAAUAAAUGUAAUGUCAAUUACUUUUUAAAAUUAAUAGAAAAUGAAAUUGUUUUAAGAAUUGAAUGCUUCUUUUUGUAAAUUUAUUGGGUGGUAAGUGCGUUGACCGAAGUACAUUUUGUAUGAAGCGCGGAAGCGCUUCAUUCUAAAAAUGUACGCACGGUCAACGCUUUUACCACCCUAUAAAAAUACAAAAAGAAGCAUUCAAUACUUAUAAUUACAUUUUUUUAGCUAGGAUCAUGAAAACACGAUUUUAUCCAGUUUUAUUUAAUUCACCUGUGCACUUUAUUGUGGGACCUCGUGUCAUCAUGCAUGAUAGAUGUUAUUGUCUUAUGCAAUUGUUUACGGAAUAACAUGUGAUGUGCAGUUAGCCAAUCAGAAUAACGUAUUAUAAUGAAACUUACAUCUAAUGUAAUUAUUAAAACAUAACAGUUUGCACAAAGUAUAUAUGAACUAUGGAUAAUAAAGUGGUUAUUUAUUAGGUGGGUGCAGCUUUUUUUUAAAGCUAUCUAUAGGUUGCUUUUAUACACAUAGAUUAUAGAUGUAGAUUUUAGAGGGUAGCAGGCCUCCUUAUGGAACUUCAUAUAUUAAAAAUGCAUAGAAUUAUCAAGUAUCACUUCAAACAUUUGCUUCCACUUUUCAAAAUCAUCAAGUUUUUUUUAAUUUUUGGUUUUGGUUUUUACAAAUUGAAAGCGUGCAAGGGUGAUAGACAGGGGCGGAUGCAGGAAUUUUCGAAAGGGGGGGUGCUAACCCAGGGCAAAGGGGGGGGGUGCAAAACAUAUGUCCCGAUACAAAUGCAUUGAUCGCCAAAAAUAAAGGGGGGGUGCGCACCCCGGAACCCCCCCUCUGGAUCCGCCACUGGUGAUAGAGCAGAUUAUUAUCCUGAGAAAACAUUGUCAACCUAGUCAAUACAAUACAAUAUGCUUUAUUUUAAAAACACUCAGUCACAUUGACAUGUGAAACAAGAGGUAAAUUACAAAAUACAAUCACAUACAAUUAAAGAAAUAAAUAAAACAACUUAGAAAUGAAAUACAUGUAUAUAGAAAAUUACUUUACUUUAUAUUAUAAUAUUUUAAUAUCAUAAUAUUUUAGUUAACUUUGAAAUGAAUAAAGAUACGUUUUUAAGAACAUUAAUAUGACAGUAGUCCUUUCAUUUUUGCUUCACUCGGAUAUUUCACAUAGUACUCUGGAAUAUGCUGAUUUCUAAUAUUUUUUACUAAUAAAGAAUUGCAUUCAAAUAAAUAAUGGUAUUCAUUGCCAAUUGCAGUUAAACACAAAUUGCAUGUCCUCUCUUCUUUUGGAAUGUGAUACCAUCUUCCCAAUUCUACUGGAAUUUUUAAAUUGCAGCAUCUUAAUUUUGAAAUAUAUUUACGUUCGAAUGGUGUUAAUUUUAAAAGAUAGUUUUCUUGUCCAAAGAUUGUUUUAAAAAGUCCAUAAAAUUCUCCUCUGGAUGAGUUGUCAAUUUGACUAUGCCACUGUUGAAUGAAUGAAUCUUUUAGUUUUUCUUUCAGUACGAUUUUUAGUUGAUUUAUAUCUAAUGGUGAUUGCUGAGUCCAAACAUAGCUUAGUCCGGCAUUGUCUAGGAUCGAUUUAAUAUAAUCCAUCCAUUUGAAAGUGUGAUCAUCUUUUAAUUUGAACAUAAUUUGAUAAAGUAUACUGCUCAGUUUAUUUUCAUUGGUGAGAAGUUUGUUCCAAAAAUACACCAUUCUACAUUUUAUUACGCUAUCUAUUGGUGUACGACCAAGUUCUCCAUAUGUCAUAAAAUUUGGUGUCGACGAUCUAAGCCAAGGUUGAAAAUGAUUUCUUUAGGGGGUAACAAUUGGUUCUAUUACCCUCUCAGCUAUGUGAUUUUUUUAUACUGAAUGUUCUGUUAUUAUUUUCUUUAUAAUUUUAUGUGCAAUAAAAAAAUAAACUAUGAUAUCAUAUACAUAACAGUUGUCCAUAUUUGAUAUAGCUCAUGCAUGAUCAAAUAUGUCUCUGAUUAAGCUAUAAAGCUAAAAGCUAUAUUUUUUUUCUGUAGUAACAAGGGGCGUUGUUAGAUGUAUGCAUAUCUGUAUAGAUCAACAAUGUUUCCCUAAGCAUUUGCUAGUUUAUAGUUGUGUGAAGCUCAAGAAUGAUUGUUUAUUUCCCAUGCAAACCAUCACUUAGAGGUAUUGAAGAGAGAAAAAAAUAUUUGAAAAGUUUUUAUAAUUAAAAAAUGUCUUGUGUACUUGUACUUGUAUCUGUUUUAUAUUAUUUUAUAUAAUGCAUGUAUAUACAUCUGGUUUAAUUGUUUUCUUUGUUAAUUCAAGUUAUUUAUUUUAAAGUACUUGAUAUGAAUAAUUGCAAUUAAUAUGAACCUGAUUUUGAAAUGUUAUUUACUAUAUCACAACAUACUUAACACAAGUUAACAGUACAUAAUUAUCCCCUAGGUUGGCAAUAAUGUGAAACAUUGAACAAUUAGCAUGCUCUAUUCAUUGGCAAACAUAUUUAAACAAAUUCUGAAUUCAUUGUUAUGAUAUAAAAAGUAGUCUGUUUGAAGUGUAUUUUAACUUGUAAAUGUAAAAAUAGCCAACCUCUUUUUUUAAAUGCUGUAAUGUCCAUAUUAUGUUUUGCAAUGAUUAUUUGUGAUGAGAUUAUUAUAUUUAUGUAAUAAAAUUAAAUCAUUGGUAUUUUUAUCAAAGCAAUUUAAA